AGAAGAAGAAGAAGAAGAAGAAGAAACAGGAAAGCGAAUAUCUGGAGCUGCUGAUGGAGGAAUGGAAGUGCAUUUUCAGUGACGGGAAAGCACGUCUGAAAAGUCUUGGCGCGUUGAAGGAGGCUAGAGGGAAGAGAAAGCGAUGUGUUUCAUUUUAGUUGGACAUAGGUGGAAGCACCUCAGCGGUGUGUGAAAGGAGAGGGAGAGAGAGAGGGGAACAAGAGAGGGGAGGAGGCGGGGGUGUAUGGACCUCGCUGGUUACGGGACCCACAGGCACCCCGAUUGUGCUCCGCUCUCAUCAUUUCUGGAGGUGUAAGGACAAAAGGAAAAAGAAGAAGAAAAGGCCCGGGUUCUGGGUGUCGUGACGGGGCCCCCGACUUCGCCGCCGCCGCUUGGUUCGGGGUAGUCUGGGCUCGGAAGGCUGAGGGGGGAAAGCGGCGGAGCGGUCGACUCUAGGCUGGGGUUUCCUGCCACAGCAGCGGGAUUGUCACAAAACAGCCUUUCACUCUUCGAGGGGCCUUGUAUUGCUGCGUUUCCAGGCCAACAUCUGAUGGAAACGUGAGUGCCGUAUUGUGUGUGGAUUUACUGAUAACCCAAACCGGGAUUGAUGGAAUCUGAAGUGGAAUAAAUGGAUUACCCUGUUUUGGAAAACGGUUGCCGUGGAACUAUUUGAAGUUAAAUGACGAUUGACAAAGAACGGCAAAUUGAAUGCUGAAGAGGAGUCUGAGGAGUUCAGAGGAGUCUGAACACACGCAAAAAGAAAAAAAAAAAAAAAGGGACCAAAUGCAUCGACUGGUCAAAUGAGUGCAAAAAUAAUUUCAUCUGGCACCCAACAGCUGACUAGGCUAUCCAUGGAGACUUUGCUUUUUGGAAUGAUUAAUGAGGAUCACUGUUUAGACUUCUUGAUUCUCUCCGGGUGGGUUUUGUGUCACACAGGUGUGAGUCAAAUCCACAGACAGUCACACACAAGAAGGAGCUAAAGGAUCACUGCAACAGAGCAACUUGCAGAGCAACAAACUUUUGUUUCUGAAGUUUUGAAUUUUUACUUUUGGAUUAGAUCGUCUGUGGAGUUUAUCCGUAUGAAGAAAAUCCCUGCGGGCCAUGUGGAAGUCCAUGAUACUUCUUUCACUGUGCCAAACAAAUUCCGCUUUUUGGAAAUGAACUAAUGCAUCUCUGCAUAUCUCCUGAAAACUUUGGAGAUUAGCAAACAAUCAACAGUCACGCUGAACAUGAACUGUUUUUUGGGGUUUCGGAGCUUGACUGGUCACUGAUAAACCUACAAAGAGUUCCACAAAUAACUCCAGAGGAGGAUAUUUCGAUAUCUGUGAUAUAAAUGUAUAGUUUUUACCAUUUCUUGUUUUCCUGCCAGGCUGUUGACUCUCUUCAUGGUUACUGCCAUAAGCCUGCCAGUUUUUCAGUCUGAAGCAUUCCCUUCUAUUUACACUCACAGAUUUUUUUCCUUUUUUAAAUCUGAAUUCGGGGGGAAAAAAUGCAGAAUUUCUCCAACAGCCCGGCUCCACCCUCAAUCCCUCCUGGAUUCAGCGGGAGGAGCGUGGGCGGACCGCCAUAUCCCCCUCAGCCAGUGGAGCCACAGAUCUCUCCGAGGAUGAUGGAAGAUUACGUCGGGAUGCAGCAGCAGAGCAUUCACAGAGGCCACCACCACCCGAGCCAAGCCAGCCACAUGCUUGCGUACGGCGUGAGGAACAGAGGAGCUUUGGAGCCUCCACCAACACAGGGUAACGUCCACGCCGGCAACAAUAACAACCCCUACAGGAAGGAGGCUAUGGAGUUUUAUUUUUCAAUGGGUGGAAAAGACAGACAUAGGAGGGGAGGGAUGGGCUAUGGGGGAAGUUUUGGGUAUCCCGGUAUCGAUGGACAUAUACCUCACCAGUAUCGACAUCCUGGAUCCAGUUCUGUUACAUCGUCUGGCCUGAUGUCGCCAUACCCAGUGGAUUAUGGCUCUAGCGCCAGUUCAGGGGGCGCUGCUGGAGCCUUCUCUCCUUCCCAUCAGUACAAUAUGAAUCAGAACCCUGUGAUGCAGUCAGUUCCAGGCUCUCAAAUGCAACAGCGCCAACAUGGGCAGAGCUUUCCUCCUGUCCACCAGGCACAGCAGCAAAGAAGCUACCCACACUCCGGGCACAGGAUGACCCCACAGUACCAUUACUCUCCACAGGGGGGAGCAUCCACAGGGUCAUCUGGAAUGUACAGCCCACCUCUGCAGAGAUAUCUGGAUGGAGCUGCAAACAGCAGCUUUGAUCCUAAAGUCAACAGUUCCCCAAGUGUCAACACUAGUUCCAAUUCAGUCUCCAAUACAGGCACUGCUAAUAAUGUGGGGCCUGUGGAGAAUGUUCAGCAGAGCUAUCCAGCUUCAAAUUAUUCCGGAUAUCUCCCACAGUCUCAUUCACUUCACAAGCAAGCCACACUACAGCACAGAAACUCGCAGCACAGUUUAGGGGUUGGUUUUGACGGUUCUCUGAAAAUGCCUCACCAGGGUCCGUCUGCAGGCGGCAUUUUUGCAAAACAUCAUCAAACCUCCAACCCAAGUAUAGCUCAGCCAUCCUCCCAAGAAAUAGCCAAAUCCCCUAUGCAUUCUAAUGCGCAGCAAACUCAAAUGAACCAAAACUUUAGCCCGAUAUCAAACCCCUCCCCUGCUGCCUCUGCAGUUCAUUCCCCCAGCUGUAGCUCUUCUCCUUCCCCUCUAAUGGGGGUCUCUGAGGCACUUGGGAACGCCUCAAAUCACGGCCCUCCCAUGUCGAGCACCCGUAGCGGCCAUGGCCACAGUCGGCUACUGCAGACCGCACCUCAGUUGAGUCCCACGCCCAACUCGAAUAGCAGCGUCAGUAGUUGCGGCAGCAGCGGCAGCCACAAAGCUCACAGCCUGAGCGCAGUUGGGGGGAGCAGCCUACCUCCAGUGGGUCGAAAUAAAAUGAGCCAGGGAUCCCGAGAGGAAGGCUCCUCUGUUUAUUCCACUUCCUCUCUUGACAGAAUGCAGGAUGCCGGCCUGAACAGUCUCAAUGCCUUGAGCUCCCAAGUAGCCAAUUUACCGAACACAGUUCAGCACAUGCUCCUCACUGACACGGUGUUCUCGCACAAGAAGAGAGACGGCGGGCAAGCGCCACACGCGGCGCACUGCGUGCCCCCAUCGCAACCCAGGAGCCGGAAUUUAAGUGCAGCCUCGAGCGGCAGCACAGUCAAAGACGCCAGAGCUGGUGACGGGGCAGAGGAAGACUCAACUCUGCUGCCUGUUGGAGUGCCGUCUGGGACCAAAGUGGAGCCAGAGGAGCAGCUGGCCGAGGGGGAUCGGGGGAGAGCAAGGCAGGUGAGUGGUGCGAGCACUGGGUCUGAAGUUAUGAGCUAUAAUCCAACCCAAACGCAACCUGGACAGGCAUGUAAUGUUAAAAUACUCGUCCCCGAAUCACAGUCAAAAGAAGCAGCAGAAACUAAAACAAAAGAAACUAACAUUCCUUCAUCAGCAGCAUCUCCAUCCUCUGAAGGUAGUCUAACUGUACAUUCAGCACCACCAGUUUCCUCAUCCCCCUCCUCCUCUUCCAAUAUUCCUCCUGCCACAACACAGAAUUGUGUCCCAGAAACUGGUUUGGCAUAUAAUGACCAUAGAGGUGGGGAAAUUAAAAAGGAAAGUGAAGCAACAGCUGAGAAAAUACAGAAGGUCAGCAGCCAAAUGCAACAAGAUGGAGGAGUGAGUGCAAAAAAUGGCCAGGAAAAGAAAAGCAUGUUGCACUCAGAGUCCAAGUCGCAAAGUAAAAAGGAAGAAGAAAAGCAGGCCUUAGAGGAACAGCAAAACAUCAGUAGCGUUGGUGUGAUUGUUUCAAGUCACACUGACAAAAGUAAGCAUCCCCAAGACAACUGUGUGGAAGAGAGAAUGCCACUCUCUUAUUCAAAAGAAGCAACCAGUCAUAAUGGGGACGAAGGUGUAGAUCUUAGUCUGUAUUCGUCCCAUCAUCAAAAGUCAAACAGUGGUAGGUCUCCGAAUCCUCCCCAGACUGCUUCGCAUAAAUACAGCUACCCAGAAUCCACAUAUGGCUCAGAUUUGUCUAUGAAAAACAGAGUGAGGGCCGGCACAGGCUCUGUAAUGGAAACAAACCCCAGAUUAUUUGGGUACCAGCUCUCGCAGGUCGGUUACAGUCAUGUGCAUCCAAAAGAUGGGUCCAGUUCCGGGGUCGAGAUGCUAGUGAAGAGAGGUCAUGGGGCGGGGUCUAAAGCUCAGGAUGAGAACUCACAGAUGCAGCAAUUCCCCAGUCUCCUGCAAGAAGUUCUUCAGGGUUACAAUUUAGACAAACGCUAUGGUAGACCGGAGCAGACGUUCCCUGCACGUCAUCAAGCCCCACAACAGUUUCCAUCUAGACAUCCACUUGACAUCCCUGAGGGUUUGUCUUACUCGGCUCAAAUUGUAAAGACCACAAAUCAGAAACAUGGAAGUGAUCCGGAUUUUGCCACAGAUACUCAGUCCUUAGUAAAGUCAGAGGUCUCUAAUGCUAAGAUUCUUCAAAAUGCUGAAAAACCUGACAUGGGUGUGUCCCAGAGCCAUUUAGUACAGACUGUAGAUUCCCAGCAGCCCCCAGCUAAACACAUCAACUUAUCUGACUACUCUAUGCCGCAGAGAAAAACAUUAUCUAAUGUACAAGAGCUCCUUUUGCAAGAGCCAGAACCGUUAACUCUCACGUCUCAAACCGAGCCCCAGAAAUCAGGAUCCACAUUAGCCCCGUCGGAACGGCGAUCCGUCAUCUGCGACGUGUCGCCGAACCGACGUAGCACACCAGAGCGAGAAAGGGAGGGGGGGAAACAAAAGGAACGGGAGAAAAGUCAGAGUGCAGCCUCUGUAAUCCAACAACCAUUUUCUUCUCCAGCUGCACCAAGUGAUCUCAGUAAAAAGGAUGUUAUAGAAAAACAAGUGAAAAUGGAAAUGGUGCACAAAGAGUCUGGAAAUUCACAAAAUGAGAAUAAUGGCAGUCAAUCUGAGGCGGAGUAUCAUUCUAAACCUCCUCAUUUGUCAAGUGGGGUAAGUGCUGACCCCUACAGGCGUGGCACUGUCGAUAUAACCCCCAUGCCCUCACACCCUGUGAGCAUGACUGCUUUGACCUCACCAACAAGGCAUCACUCAUAUCUUCAUGGAGUCGAUCUUUCGUCCGGCAGCAGUGCUACAUUUCCGUACCAAUAUGGAGACUCAAGAGAAGACAACGUGAUGUCACGGAGUAAUCUGCAGUUUUCCUCUCACCAUCCUUUUCACCACUUACCUCCUCAGUCUCAAUCCACCAGUAAACUUCAAAUGUAUCCGCACGCACGUGGCCCCCCACACCCUCCUCACGACAUGAGUGAGUGGGUAAAAGCCAUAAACAGGCCUCCGAAGGAUAUGAUGAUGAUGCAGCAUGGAUCUUCUCCUGGGAGACACAAGGUUAACCAGUCAGAGCAGAGACAGCGAUUAAUCCCACCGACUGACAUCCAAGUUGAACACACAAGCAAAACUCAGUCAGUGCAUCAUCAAAAUCCUUACUAUGAUAUGAAAAUAUGGGAGUCUACACAUCCUAGGAGAGAGGGCGCUCGGAUGAUGGAGGGAGACACCUACUAUAGAGCCCAACCUCCUCCUCCUCCUCUUCCUGGCCCUCCUCCUCUAGCUUCACACAGUCACGUUCCGACACAACUGACUCACAGCCACAAUGCUGUCAAAUCCGAAGUAUCCAGAGGAGCUACAGAGGAGGCCAGACACACCUGUCCACCUCCCCCAUCCAUCUCCUCUAAGCCUCCUUCAGACACAAACACCGCUCAGCCACAGCGUCCAACAAAAACCGGAGGUUCCGGAGACACAAAUCCCCUGAUUUUAAGAAGAAGGGUUCGCUCUUUCAUAUCUCCCAUUCCUGCAAAAAGACUGCUCCAGGACGCACCUCAGCAGAGAGCCACUACAAACUCUCAUCACUCCCCUGGAGCUCAGUCUGAGCCCAGCCAUCACAACGACGAUGAUUCAUCCACCACAGAGGUGCCAUGUCCGCGGCUCUCCUCCCCACAGCCAGGUGAGAACAGCUUCCUACAACCGCUGUCUCCUUCAGGUGGUAACACCAAGGUUUUGGCUGCCAGAAAAGGACGGGGCUUGAAACUGGAGGCAAUAGUGCAGAAAAUUACCCCAAAUAUUAAAAAGCCAGCAGCACCUACCGAUGAUGAGUCAAAUCAUUACCCUGGUUUCUUGCACUCAGACAUCCCAGUAUUUAAUGAGUCACAGGAUCAAGACUUGGCAAAUUUCCCCAGGGUUGCAGGAGGGGAGGAUAGUUACAUGGAUGAAAGUCACUCAUUAAACAACAUGAUUCCAUUUAGAGGAGUUGAUGAAACCGGGCCUUUACCCACAUCCUCCUUCCCAUGUGAAUCCCAUCAAUCGUCUCAAGUCAAGCAGCAAGACUUUGACUUUGGUUUAGGGGCCACCGUGGCAUCUGCAUCAGGUGAUAAGGAAGACUUUGCUUUGCUCGGCCCAUUACCUCCUCCCCCACCUCUUCCCCGCCCGGUCCAGGGUUCUCCACCUCCGUCUUCAUCCGCCCUUUCGGACAUUCAGCAUUUUACAAACACAUACCAGCAGCUUGAGACUCGAAGGGGAGAGCAGUCUGCUGCUAACCUCCUUCGACAGAAACUCCAAGAAUCUGGCAUGGGAUUUGAGGAUUACCCUGGCAGCGACUACUACGGGACCACCCCGCCCCACCAAGGCCACAUGCUGAACAGACAACAUCAGAUGUCCUCUGGAAGGUCCAGUCUGUCGCCGACAGACUCAAAGCCGUUGGAGAAUGUUGUGCCCAAGGGCUAUUUCCCAUCUGGCAAGAAGAAGGGCAGGCCCGUUGGAAGCGUGAAUAAGCAAAAACGGGCUCAAACCCAAGUCCCGGUGCAGGCCCAGGCUCAAAUCCAACCACAGAGCACAGCUCUAAGUGUUCCUCCAGUUCCAACCACUCCACCCCCUCCAACCCCAGCGCCUGCCUCCACCCCACCAGCAACACAAACUCCCAGCAGCACAUCAACCCCUACCAUACCCACUCUGUCAGAAAACACAAACACUCCCCCAACAGCCCCCUCUGUUCUGACCCAAGUGGUGAAAGCUGACGUCGAGAGUGAGGACACGCAGCCAGAAACUGAGGCAAAACAGGUGCGAUGCAGACGCAGAGGUGUGAAAGUCGACGGCGAGGCACUGGAGGCGAGGGGGCGGCAGAGGAGGAGGAGAAGAGCACCGGUACCUGCGGCGCCACCCAUAUCUAAAGAUGAGCCAGAUGCACCUUUGGGGGCAAUGGGGAGUUUUAGCACAAACAGAGGUUGCCCAGAUCCAAAUAGAAAAGGCCUGUUUAUUCCUCACAUCCACGUGGAGAAAAAAAUACCUGAGAUCGGAGCUGUGUGCACUAUUGUUAACGCCGAGGACGACAAAAUGAAAGGAGAGCGCAGUGCAGCAGGAGGAAAAGCAGGAGGUGUUGGAAUUGAUUCGCUCCUGACCUCAGCGCUUUCCUCCCAGUUAUCUCGGAGAGACAGAGAGUUGGAGAAGAGGGAGACGGAUGAGGUGGAAACCACACUUCAGUCGGGCAAAGCACUUCCUUCAUCUGGCUAUGUCGUUACAGGGUCUGUGAUCACAGAAACCAAUCACUCCGGGCGCCUGCUAUGCUGUCUGUGCCAGAAAUGGGCAAACUACAAACAUCUUGGAGAUCUCUACGGGCCAUACUAUCCGGCUGAAUACGCCGCAAAGCUCCCCAAGAACCAGCCCCAGAUCAGACAGUGUCAGCCCGCUACAGGCCCAAACAAAACCGGACCAAAUUUAGACACGAACGCUUUGAGUACACCUCAGGUCACACCAACACAGUUCGCUCAGUUCAACAGACCCUCAUCUGAGAACGACAAUUUCUGCUCAAACCCAGCAGAGAGAACUGCCUUCACAGCCCCAACAGAAGAGAUGAUGAUGAUGAUGUAUAUGCCCGGAAAGCUCAGCAACAAAACGCCUUUAAUCUGGGAGAAAAACCCCGAUCUGCGACCUAUCCCUGAGCUUAAAAGAGAGCCGGACCUGGAAGACGACCAGCAGCAGCAACAGGCACAGAAGCAGCAGCCGCAGCAGCUGACAGACGACACUCAGCAGCGACCUCAGCACAGAAAGCUGACCUCACAUCCCCGCUUUAAAAGGCGACACAAAUCCAGCGAGGACUCCCCUCGGAUGGUUCCAUCCAACAGUAAGGCUUCCCUGCCUUUUCAGCCCCCUCCGCCUGCCUUGGACUCCCUGGGGCCCUUGGCACAACUCGCACAGCUGCCACAGAUGCCCAUGGACCCAGAGGAGCUGUGGGUGCAUGAAGGAUGUAUAGUGUGGACAAGUGGAGUGUACCUCGUCAAUGGGAGACUGUACGGCCUGCAGGAGGCACUAGAUGGAGCCAGAGAAACUAGCUGCUCGUUCUGCGAGAUGGUUGGCUCGACGCUGGGCUGCUACAGUAAAGGCUGCACUCUCCGCUACCACUACCUGUGUGCUAUUGAAGCAGACUGUUCUCUGAAUGAAGAUAACUUCUCGCUGAGGUGUCCGAAGCACAAGGUAAAGAAGGAGAGUUUACCCAGAGCAUCCGGCCAGCCAAGCCAGUGUAUGUGGAGCAGUCAGAGAGAGGCUGAGGGAAACUGGGAGAAGGAAGAGCCGGAUUUGGGGAGCUAUUUUUGCAUGAUUUACUUAAAGGCUCAGCUUAGCCCUCUAAGGUCGAUGUCCGCUCGCUGACGUGACGCAUUCAAUAGGCUACUGCAACCAAAAUGGCAGCAUGCCGAGUGUCCAUUUCAACUUGGUUGGACAGCACAGACUUUAAACUUUAUAAAAGUAGUGUUUUUAUACUGUUUUUUUUUUUUUAUCUACUUCCAAAUAAAACCAGAUUUGUGAUCAGUCAUUUUCACCAUAAUUUAUUUUUUAUUUUUUUGCGCAUUUUUCACAUUUGCUGCUCAUUCAGUGAACGUUUUGUGAUCAGGAAGAACUUCAAAUGCAAUAUGACACCAAUUUUUUUGAUUUCCUCAAAUGCACCACAUUUCUAAAACAACCAAUGAAACGGUUUGUGUCGGCAUGCUGGCACGGUAGAGUGACAGACGUGGUGAGAGAGGGGCUCUGGAGAGAGUUUCGGAAACGGGAAGAGCGCAGUGACGUUUUGGAUUUUACUAGGAAAGUUUUCGGUGAGUUUUUUGGACUGUAAGUGUGUUAGAGUUUGUGUAAGUUUGUUAGAAGUUUAGCUUGCCUUUGUGACAGUCACAGUAGGGUAAUCUGACAGAAAGACAGAAAUCCGAGGAAACAAUUAUCCUUCCUGAAACUUGGAAAGUAAAAAAAAUUCACCUUCCUCAGUCUGAAAAAACAAAGCAGUUUUUUGCUUUCAUCCAACCUUUAAUUUGAAUGCAUCCAUUCUAUGGGAAAUUAAGAAAUACUUGUUCCGCACAUUUGUUAUGUGUAAUAAUCCCUUUAAAAUCAUGUAACUUCUGAUUAGGAAUCCAUGACUUCCUGUUGCUCUGGGGUACAGACAUAACGUGACACUUUAACCAGCGACCACUUGGAUGUUUAUCUCAUCGCCAUGCAGAGUGAGGAAUGUACAGCAGUUAAAGAAACCUCCAAAGUGGCAUCUUGGAGUCACCACGUCUCCAUAGCAGCGAUCGGAUGAUAUCUAAAUACCAAUCAGAUGAGUGUGUUACGAGGAAAAAUCCUUUUCCGUCUCAAACAUAAACAUGGGGAGUUCGAGUGGAACAAUCCAAAAAUAUGGAAAUCACUUCAUGCCUAGUGUUGAGCAUGGUGGAAGAUUUCUGAUGUUGUUGGCCUGUUUCUCUUCAAGGCUUCAAAGACAUCUUUUUCCAUCUUUUUCAAUAAAUAUGGCUGUAUUUCCUCAUUGUCGCCAAUUUAUUUCAUUAUUUUAGACUGGUUCAUACUGGAUAUGCACUGAGCACUGUUGUUAUCGGGCCGAUAUUGAAACAAAUUCUAUAUUGGGUAUUGGUGACAAUGUGCCUGAUCCACAAGGGCAAAUCUGUUGAGCGGUUUGUGCUCUGAGCAAUUCUUAUUCCUAUUCCUAAUUACACUUUCCGAACCAUUUGAAAGAAGGUUUGUUGCAGUUUAUUGCCUGAAUGUUUGACCAAGGUCGUCAGCCAGUUUAUCAGUUUCUUUAUUCAUUUUACUUUGGUUGCUCUGCUCCUAAUUGGACUGACUGAACAAAUUAAAGUUCUUUUGUUUUUACAUGUUUGACCACCAAUUGGUGUAUUUAAAUGUGCUGGUACUGGUGCAGAGUGAGCAAAUAAAUGAAUAAAUUCAGGACAUUUCUGUCUGUGUUUAAAAAGAAAAAUACGUCUUUUGUCAAUUCAGCACUGUUUUUCUGUAUCGGAUUGGUUUCAGCCGAUAGUGAGCCUCAGAUAUCUGUAUUGGUAUCGGAAGUGAAAAAAGUGGAUCGGUGCGUCCCUCGUUCAUACCGCAUGCUCCCAAACUAUGUCAUUUAGCUCAUUGCUGCACGAGCCACGCUCUUAUUCAUCCUCCUGCUCCCCUCACCUUUGUAACGGUACUCCUGUCGCUCGCUGCCACUUCCUCCCCCUCACAUUCAAACCAACCAGUCUCCAUGGAAACCAAUCCACACACAGCAUAGCUCAUAUUUCUGUCUGUUUACGUAAGUUUCAUGAAGCCGAUGUACAGCUCAGGCUUCGUCAUCUGGGCGCAUCCCUUUCCGUUUCUUUCAGUUUUACCUCUGGGAGUUUUAAAAGUAUUGAUUCCUCUCAUGAAUGUUUUCAUGAAUGCUUUCCAAAGAUGGAAAUGUUUGCCUUUUCCUUUUUAUGUAGAUCUCAAGCUCAGUCAGGUUCAGUGGAAAACAUCUAUCGAAAAUCAGUUUUCUUUUAAAGUCUUGCAGUGAGUCCUGGUUGGAUUCAGGGGUAGAUUUUAACUGUCCCACUUUUAACAUCAACCUGAAUUUUCUUAGAUCUAAACAAGUGUUUCCCAACGCUUUUUUUCCCUAUGUGCUCCCCAUCUGCAACCUAAAAAAAAAAAGAAGUAAAUUCUGUUCAAAACAGUUGAGAUAGUUUCUUUAUACACUACUUUGAGCUUUCAUCUGUCUGUGUAGGGAUCAGAUGUCAGGAUGUACCAGUUGUUAAAGGCUUGUUUUUCUUUUUCUGUAGCAAACAGCUAACUUUAUCUUUCUGAAUAAAGUAGAAAUCAAGUUUUUUUUUUGUUAUUAUUGCUGUUUUCCAUCUUGAGAGCGAUGGUUCUAAUUCCACAAACUCAUUCGGACACUUCUUACUAAGAUCACUGUAUGAUUCAAUUGAAGGGUGUAAUUGGGUUUAGUUCAUGCUGAGAUUCUGAGAAUGGUCAAAUCAAAUGAAACAAUACUUGAUUGAUCAGCUCUUCUACUAUAACAGUGACCAGUGACAUUAACAAUGCAUCGGACAGGAAGCAGAAAUCUUUUACUGCCAUGUUUGGGUUUCGUUAAGCAGAUGGAAGAUUUUCAAAUUCUAAUUUUAUCAACAACGUUAGGAGGAAUGAAUUCUCCUAAAGUGCAUCUUUAUGCAGAUGACGCCAUGCUUCACACCAGUUUGAGGCAGGCUGUUGAUGAGCUUCCAACUCACUUUAAGCUGCCGCAGCGAUUCAUGUUUGACGUAAAGCUGGCGCCGAAUGUGAAGGAAACCGAACAUGUUGUUUUUAAAAAAAAACAAAAAAAAAACAUGCUUAAUGUUGGCAUUUCCAACCUAGGAGUAGUACUUAUUUAUCCAGAGAUUAUCCUCCUCCACAUAUUUAGUAAUUUAACUGAGUGAUGUAUUAUUUGUUUGUUUGUUUGGGUUCAUAUUGAGCACUUAUUCAACAGGUUUAGUUUCUCAGCCAUUUAUGAACGUUGUUGAUUGUUGAUGACAUCACACAGAUCAUGCCAAUCUGUUUUUUUUUUGGCCCUCUUGAGUUUGGCCCUAUACUAUAUAGUCUUAUGCACAAAUUGUAUUAUUAAAUGUCUUCCCACCUCAUAAUUCCGCCAUCUUUUACUUAAGUUCCCAAUAGAAUACGUUCAGAUUUAUUUUUGCAGCAUGGCGACAUGUGUGCGAAUACUUUUGGGAGGCGCUGCGUAGAAACUUUGCGAUUGAUAAUUAUUGUUUC